CUGAUCCUCACAGACAGAAAGUAUUCAGAGCGCAGACCACAGAAGGAAUUCUGCAUACUGAAACGAUGAAGCCUUUUCACUGGCUCCUUGCUGCACUGCUGCUGUCUGAUACACAGGCCACAUACCACCUUAUGGCGGGUGAUCCACCACUCAGGACCCUCAAUCCAGCAAUUCACAGAGGUGAUUACACGUAUAGAGGACGGUAUCACUACCACUACCAGCCACCAAGGAUCCCUCCACCGGUAGUAUAUCACCCCAUUCCCCUAUCUCCACCAGUGACUUACCACAGACCCCCAGUCCCCAUCUACCCCUAUCACCACACAUUCAAAGGCCUAGGUGCACCACAUAUGCAUCACACACACAAAGGUCUGUCUCCACCAUUGGCUCAUCAUCCCCAACAUGGGGUCAAAGGCCCGUUCCCUUACAAAGUGAAAGGUCCGUGCCCGUCACCUGUGGUGCGCCCCCCAGCUCUCCCAGAACCAACAAUUCUGCCAACCCUGCAAGCAACCACAGUGGUACCGGUGACCGCCAUGAUGCCAGUGUUGGUGACCACUGUGCCGCCAGGGGAGACCGCCGCUCUUGUGACGCUACCGGUCAGUACCCAAAGCGGCUUCAUCACCACCGUCAGUCCUGUGGCGACAGCAACAGACUCUCAGUGCAGAAGCCGUCCCCUGGACCUGGUCUUCAUCAUUGACAGCUCUCGCAGUGUGCGUCGUGGUGAGUUUGAGAAGGUCAAAAUAUUUCUGGCCAACAUGGUCGACACACUCGAAGUGGGCUCAGAUGCCACCAGGGUGGCUGUGGUCAACUACGCCAGCACGGUCAAGAUUGAGUUCCUGCUCAAAGACCAUUUCGGCAAACUAGACUUGAAGAAAGCCAUCUCCCGCAUUGAGCCCUUGGCAACUGGCACCAUGACUGGCCUCGCCAUCAAGACUGCAGUGAAUGAAGCCUUCACAGAGCAGUCUGGAGCCCGGCCUCACUCCAGGAAUAUCUCCAAGGUGGCCAUCAUCGUGACAGACGGGAGACCUCAAGACCAGGUGGAAGAAGUGUCUGCUGCAGCCCGGGCAUUCGGUAUUGAGAUCUACGCUGUCGGGGUGGACCGUGCGGACAUGCGCUCCCUGCAACUAAUGGCCAGCAUCCCUCUGGAAGAUCACGUCUUCUACGUGGAGACCUACGGCGUCAUCGAGAAGCUCACGUCCAAGUUCAGGGAGACCCUGUGCGGUGUGGACCCCUGUGCCAUGGGACAUGACUGCGAACAUAUUUGUGUCAACAGCAACGCCUCCUAUUACUGCAAGUGCCGGAAAGGCUAUAUCUUGAAUGCGGACAAGAAAACAUGUUCCCUCAAACAGGUGAAAGUGAAGGUGGUGGAGGAUCCCUGCAAAUGCGAGGCCAGACUGGCUUUCCAGAAGCAGACGCAGGCGACCAUCCAGCAGCUCACAGCUAAGAUUGCUGAUGUGACUGGGAGAAUAGAGCGCCUUGAGAACCUGGUGGGUCAUGCCUAAAGCUUUGCACAUGGAGCCAGAUGACUCAAGUUGCUUCCCCAGACUUCAGCAUCAUGGAGAGGAGCUUCCUGUCAUCCACCGUCUGUAACUACAGGACAGACUUCAACCACAGAUUGACGACACCCCCAUAAAUGUUACUAAACAUCACUGUUGUGUGUGCAUAUUAAAAUGUAUAGUAACCAAUUAUUUUGUUAUUGUUUCAUUCCUUUUUGUAUUGUAUGCCUUAUAGGGUAAACUUUUAGUUAAUUUGUAACUUAAAUUUAACUAAAAAACUAAAGGUGUGUAUAUAUCAUGUCAUAUAUAUAAUAUAGAUAUUAUUUUUUAUUAAGAUGCCAAAUUACAGUUGUUCACUUGCAUUCCUGAACAGAAACGUUUGGUUUAGUGGUCGAAUGUUAUGCU